UGGAAAUCGAGCCCAACGAAUAUCUCCGAGGUCAUAUACACUCCUUGGACCCGACCUCGUGAAUAGUUCUGCCAGACUCAGGGACAAACGGGCUUCCCCUUACCUUCCUUGACAUUGCGAUGAUAUAACGGGCCAUCUGAAACCGGUGGCACAUUUCUUUCUUUAUUGGGGCAUUCAUCCCUUGCUGCAGUUGCUCCUCAGUACGUCGGGAUUGGUGUCUCGUUAGCGCGCUGGGACAUUCCGGGGAAGUCUGAAAAAUUUGGUGUUUGAAGCCUUCAAGGUCCAGGAUUUACAUGCUUCAAGUCGGCUGAGAAGCAAGGUCGACACGAUGGCUUCAACGGCAGAAUCAAUCCGCCGAAGCCCCUUCGCAACGGAUCACAAUCACGGGCCGAUACACAAGUCAAUACCGAUUUUACCUUCGUCGUCCUUCACUCCCCCAGGAGAUCCAAUGGAUAUCACACCGACCAAUUCGAACGAUUCCCAAAGAAUGAGACCACCACCAGCUGCCAAUAGCCAAAAUGGCGAUCGACCUGCGGCCUCCCAAAAUCAGAACCAGCAGUCGUCGCAAAGUCAAUCGGAGUCUCCGGCGGCAGCUUUGGAUACACCACCCACUACGAACGGCUCAUCUUCUCUGCCAGUAGGUGCUGCCGCGGCUGCGCAGCAGCCUAAAGUUGUUCAGACCGCAUUUAUUCAUAAGCUAUACAAUAUGUUGGAAGAUCCGAGUAUACAACAUUUGAUUUCCUGGUCAAGUACAAAUGAGAGUUUUGUCAUGUCGCCAUCUAGCGAGUUUUCCAAAGUGUUAUCAUCCUAUUUCAAACACACUAAUAUCUCAUCCUUUGUUCGCCAACUGAACAUGUACGGAUUCCAUAAAGUCAGCGAUGUCUUUCACACCGGCCAGCCCGAUUCUCCAUUGUGGGAGUUCAAGCACGGGAAUGGCAGCUUCAAACGAGGCGAUUUGGUCGGAUUGAGAGAGAUCAAACGCAGAGCUUCAAGGCAUGCACUGAUCCAUCGAGAUUCGUUUUCCACUGCACCGAAAGUGGCGCCGCCACCACCUGGCGCCCAAGCCAGUGUGGAGCAUAUGCAAGAUCCGCAAGCCAUGGGAAAUGCACUCGAUUCCCGAUUACAGCAGAUGGAUCACACUAUGUAUGAGCUGCUGCAUCGUGCCAACCGCACCGAAGACAGCUACGCAUACCUUAACCAGCGAUAUCAAUUUGUCAGUGAUGGCUUGUUACGGUGCCACCAAGUCAGUUCUUUCCCCGCUCUUGUGUCGAGUACAAUUGAAGUUCGAUUUCUGACUCGUGUACAGUGGAACCAUGAGCUUUCCAGCUAUUUGCUCCACAUGAUUCCCGAUCCUGAGAAUCCUGUACACAAAGAUGUGACCAUGAUGCAGCGGGAAAUCGCCCGGCAGAUCGACCAGAUUCGAUCUUUUGACGAGCCUCCAGAACCCCUGUCGUCGUCUCGACAAACAUACUUCAACAGCCUCCACGACACGGGCCAAUCACUAUCCCCACGUCAGCUACCGCAAGAUAUCCUUGAACAGCGCCGCGGGUCCCUCACUGCUUCCAUCCCCCGACCGUCUCCAUUCCGCACUCCUCUCGCGCCUCACCUCGCCAUCUCCCCGCGUCGCUACGGCUCCAUCGGCUCCUCCAGCAACACGUACUCACCCUCAUCCGCCCGCACCCCCCAGCACGUGCCUCUACAACCCCCGGCACCCCCUACACAACACCCUCUCGCCACCUCAUCCUCCUCUUCUCCUCCCGCGAACCUCCCCCGCCGCCACACAUCCGCUGACAUCCGCCUCCACGGCUGGAACCCCUCCCUCGCCGGCCAACCCCAGUCCUCCCAGCCCCCCCUUCCACCUCACGCCCACUCCCCGUACGCGUCCGGCGCCAACUCCACCCAAUGGCCCUCCUCCCCCUCCCGCGCCCCCGUCGGCGACUCCGCCAUCCAAGCCACCCUCGCGCAAUAUGAACUCCCACGCGGCCCCUCUUCCACAAACCCGACCUCCAGUCUCGCUCGCAACGUCACGCCGCCACCCACGCUCUCCUUGACUAGCGACGGGCCCAACGGUCCGCCGAUGGACGCGCCGUUCGGGUCGAGCUGGCAGUUGCCGGGCGCGCGGUUCAACUUUAAGGGGUUCGGCGCGCCGGGUAGCAGCGGGGGCUUGGAGCCGCCAGGUGGAGGGAGCAUGCCGCCGACGAGGAGGAGCAGUAUGGCGAGCAAUGUGCAUAGUCUGUUGAAUCCGGCGGAGACGGUGGAGCGGGAGGGGGAGGAUGAGGGGGAGCCUGGGGGUGGGGCGAAGAGGAAGAGGGUGUAGACGAUGUGAAGUAGGUGGAGAGGUUGGAGAUGAGCGUUUUUAUCAGGUGAACUUCGGGGAUUUAUGUGCAUGGUAGGGUCAUUUCGUUUUCAUGUCAAUGUUGGUGAAGGGGCGUUCGACUUUUGUGCUCAUUGUUCAGUAGUUUUGGCAAGGGUAGGAGGCUGUUUGUAUUUUUGUCGCUCAUGGAUGAGGGCUUUGGAUGUACUAAUACCGAGUUCUUGGACAUACCUAAGUAUUUACGAUAAUGUCACCGGCAGGAACUGUGUCAGGCCAUCAUUCCCCUUCUAUUCUUUAGUAUCUCCCCCUGAAAAUCUUAG